CGUCGCGGGGCCGCCCACAGCCAGCAUGUCCGGCAGGAACAACAACAAGCUGCCCAGCAACCUGCCACAGUUGCAGAACCUGAUCAAGCGGGACCCGCCGGCCUACGUCGAAGAGUUUCUACAGCAGUAUAAUCACUACAAAUCCAAUGUGGAGAUUUUCAAAUUGCAACCAAAUAAACCCAGCAAAGAACUAGCAGAGCUGGUAAUGUUUAUGGCCCAGAACAUCCUAAAUCUGUGCAUCUGAAUUAUAGGAGAGAGAAACUUCAGAAGGACCUUUGCUUUGUUACAGAUUGGGCACUGCUACCCGGAACAUCUACGUAACCUUCCUCAAGAGCUGAAAGAUCUUCUCUCCUGCAAUCACACUGUCUUGGAUCCAGGGCUUCGAAUGACACUGUGCAAGGCUCUCAUCUUGCUGAGAAAUAAGAAUCUCAUCAAUCCAUCAAGCUUGCUAGAGCUCUUCUUUGAACUUCUUCGUUGCCAUGAUAAACUCCUACGAAAGACUUUAUACACCCAUAUUGUUACCGAUAUCAAGAAUAUAAAUGCAAAACACAAGAACAAUAAAGUGAAUAUAUUAUUGCAGAAUUUUAUGUAUACCAUGUUAAGAGAUAGCAAUGCGACUGCAGCCAAGAUGUCUCUGGACGUGAUGAUUGAACUCUACAGAAGGAACAUCUGGAAUGAUGCCAAAACUGUCAAUGUUAUCACAACUGCAUGUUUCUCUAAGGUCACCAAGAUACUAGUUGCCGCUUUGACAUUCUUCCUUGGGAAAGAUGAAGAUGAGAAACAGGACAGUGACUCAGAAUCUGAGGAUGAAGGACCAACAGCAAGAGACCUGUUAGUGCAGUAUGCUACAGGAAAGAAAAGCUCCAAAAACAAGAAAAAAUUGGAAAAGGCAAUGAAAGUGCUCAAGAAACAAAAGAAGAAGAAGAAACCAGAGGUGUUUAACUUUUCAGCUAUUCACCUGAUUCAUGAUCCCCAAGAUUUUGCAGAAAAACUAUUAAAGCAACUAGAGAGCUCUAAGGAGCGAUUUGAAGUGAAGAUGAUGCUCAUGAACCUCAUCUCCAGAUUGGUGGGAAUUCAUGAGCUUUUCCUCUUCAACUUCUACCCCUUUGUGCAAAGGUUUCUGCAGCCCCACCAGAGAGAAGUCACAAAGAUCCUUCUGUUUGCUGCACAAGCAGCUCAUCAACUAGUACCACCAGAGAUCAUUCAGUCAUUGCUCAUGACUGUGGCCAACAAUUUUGUUACUGACAAGAACUCUGGGGAAGUCAUGACAGUAGGAAUCAAUGCUAUAAAAGAGAUAACAGCUCGAUGUCCUCUAGCUAUGACUGAAGAACUUCUUCAAGACCUGGCUCAGUAUAAAACACAUAAAGAUAAGAAUGUAAUGAUGUCUGCUAGAACUUUGAUUCAACUCUUUCGAACACUGAAUCCUCAGAUGCUGCAGAAGAAAUUCCGAGGUAAGCCUACGGAGGCCUCCGUAGAAGCAAGAAUACAGGAAUAUGGAGAAUUAGAUGCUAAAGAUUACAUUCCAGGAGCAGAAGUUUUGGAAGUGGAGAAAGAAGAGAAUGCUGAAAAUGAUGAAGAUGGAUGGGAAACUACUAGUAUCAGUGAGGAAGAUGCUGGUGGUGAAUGGAUUGAUGUGCACCAUUCUUCUGACGAAGAGCAGCAAGAAAUUUCCAAGAAGCUGAACAACAUGCCUGUGGCGGAGCGGCAAGCCAAAGCUGCAGCCGUCAGCACUAGUCGAGUUUUAACUCAGGAAGACUUCCAGAAAAUCCGCAUAGCCCAGAUGAAGAAAGAACUUGAUGCUGCCCCUGGGAAAUCCCAAAAGAGGAAAUAUGUUGAAAUCGACAGCGAUGAGGAACCCAGGGGCGAAUUGCUUUCUCUUCGGGAUAUUGAGCACCUUCAUAAAAAGCCAAAGUCUGACAAGGAGACAAGACUAGCAACUGCAAUGGCUGGGAAGACAGACCGAAAAGAAUUUGUGAGGAAGAAAACCAAAAUAAAUCCGUUUUCCAGUUCCACAAAUAAAGAGAAGAAAAAACAGAAGAACUUUAUGAUGAUGCGGUAUAGCCAGAACGUCCGGUCCAAAAAUAAGCGUUCCUUCCGGGAAAAGCAGCUGGCACUACGAGAUGCACUUUUGAAAAAGAGAAAGAGAAUGAAGUAACUUCCAAGCCAGUUUUCCUUCCAAGGAGAAUGCUAAGUUUGCGUCCUUACUGUGAAAAUUAGUAAAUCGAACAUGUUCGUUUACAUUAAAAAGUCCAGAAGAACUAUAUUGUGAAAAACACAGUAAACGUGGCAACAAUUUGUGUUUAUUUUGGAGAUGGGUAAUAGUGGAAAUGUUAAUGUAAAUAGUUGUGGUGUUGUAAAAUAUUUUCAUUUAGCAUUCAUGCAAAAGAAAAUUACUGCGUGCCUGUCUUCCACUUGUCACUGGAUAUGAAAUGAAUGAGCCAUAUAACCCCUUCACUCAGGACAUUCACAGCUCAGUGAGGGCAGGUGUAGAUAUGCGUGUUUACAGUACGAUGUAAGUAGUUCUCCAAUAGAAGUAAGUUCAUAUUUCUGUGGAAUCACCGAAGCCUUAAGGCUCCUGUCCCCAUGAUAGGAGUUAUAUAUUCUCUUAAAAUAAAACAGGACAACGUUACAAGAGUAAGAGGUUCUUACUUGUAAAUAGGCUUACCUGCUGAAAACAGGUCCCAGCUGUACAGAUUUUGGAAAGGCAAUUUAGUUCUUUCAGUCAAUCCUGAAGAUAUAAAUAUUUUUAAUGCCCUAUACAGGCCUUUUGGUCAAGACCUAAUUCUUUCAAUUGCCUUAAGUAUAAAUAUACCUUUGCGGUGUAUUCAGUUCAUCAUUGGAGCUGCCCACUCAUCACAUUGGUUUCCUCUGCCUUCCUUCAUGCUGUCAUAGUUUCAGCCCACUGUUUGCCUUGUCUCAAUACAACGUUUCUAGCAUCAAAUAGAUCCUCUUAUGUGUGUGGAGUGCUCUGUAUUCUCCCUCCCCUGGGCAUACUUGUGUCCAUUUUAGCGGACAGUCUCUUGGCAUGCAGGGUGUUGGUUUGGAAAUAGUUUGGUGCUGUUUUCCACAGAUUUCUUUGAUAAUAUUGCAGUACAUCAGAAAAUGAUUCCGUGUUACUUCAAAUUAGAGCAUAGGGCAUUUGUCUGCCUACUAAGAAUUAGUAAGCAGUUCCUAAAAUCACGUUUCUUGUUCCCUUUCCAGUGUCUUCUGUUCACUUUCUGAGUUUAACUUCCAUCUUGUGUGAAUAAAACUUUGUGACUUUCCGUAAGAUGCCCCAGAUCACUGUUAGGGGAUCAGUCAAGCUGUCAAAGUCAACCCCCAGCAACUUUAGUGCUUCUCAGGAAUUGUCUGGUGCAAAUUAGUAUGUUUCAGACCUGAAACUGCUCCUUUUUCUUUUUGCAUUUUUGAGCUGGCUAUCUGCUCAUGUAUCUAGAUCCAGAAAGUAAAUAAAAUCAAAAGAGCAUAGCAGCUAGGUCUACAGCUUUGCUGUGUACAUUGUGAGGGUUCCCAGAAGUUUCAUCAUGCCCCCAGAUUUCCCCACCCUCCUAGACACCAAGAGUCCAGAGUCCCUUCUGUGUUCUGACUCCUGUUCUACUGUGGCCUCCCCACUCCCAACUAGCCUGAGGUGUAUAUGCAAGACAGAAAGACCCAAUGCCUGUUUUAAAAGGGCAGGUUCUUAACUUUAUUUUUUUAAGCCCAUAGUAUCUUAGUUCUGUCUGGUUCCUUUUAUUAUUUUAUAAAUCUCCUCUUGAGAAUAUUGUCUGUUGACUACCAAUUUGAAGACUAGAGUCUCAUAAGAGUGAAUACCACCGGCAAAGGCUAAGUGAGCUUCCAGGGUGAUUUGAGUCAUGACGUCAUCAGUGCCUAAACUUGAGCUAUUUAGUCUCAAAUUUUGUCAACACUGAGAGCGGACCCAUUCAGGGAUGAACUCACUUUGUCCAAGCCCAUAAUAUAUAAAGCGGUACAUGAAUCCAGAGUGCUGAUGUAUUAUCUUUGUGUUCUUAGCAAAUUCAUCAGUACUUCCUGCAAGGCAGAGAUUUGUGUGUUCUCUGCCAUCUCCCCAGUGCUCUCUCAGUGUCUCCUAUGUAGGUGCCCAGCAAAUAUUCAGAUCCAUGAUUUAAUCUCUGACUGUCCAUUUUCUGUCUGUAAAUUAUCAUACCACCUACCCCAGUGAUUUUUUUUUGUUGAGAAGUUUGAGAAGUCGUGUUUAUAAGCAUUUAGCGUGUUGUCUGCCACAAAGUAAACUUUCAGUAAAUAUGUCAUCCAUGACUAGUUGUAUAUGAUGUUAUUUUUUGCUUAAUGUACUAAAACAACAGUUACAGUUGCUACAAAUAUUUAUGUUGCCCCUCAAAUCCAUUUUUGGAGGAACUAAUUUGAAAUAUAAAAAUGUAUAUUGAAUGUCCACUGUGUGCAGAGCACUCUCCUAGAUGCUGUGUGAGUUGUGUAUGUGUUUAUGCCCUUUGCAAACUUUCAACCUCACAGAAGUAAUCAAAUUACAAAUGGCUAUAAUUCAGAGCAGUUUACAGAGCUAUCAAGAAGGCACAGUCACAAAAAAGUGAGGUGAUGGAUGUGUUAACUAUCUUGAUUCGGUAAUUUCGAAAUCUGUACAUGUGUCAAAAUAUCACAUUGUAUACUAUAAAUAGAUGCAAUUUUUAUAAAAAGAAACCACCACAACAUAGGACUGGAAGCACCCCAAGGAAAGGACCGCCUGGCCAGCCAGAGGGUGAAGUGCCUGUUUGCUAACAGGCUUGAUGCUUCUGAUGAACAGGGCCACAGCAGGAAAUACAUUCCUGAGUCAUAAAGGAAAAUGGCUGGUUUAAAGACUAGUAUAAUUUUGAUGUGAUUUUUUAAAGAUUUUGGUUAAAAUACAUUUUGUUAUUUCCUCAUAGUGUAAUUGUUUGAGAAUGUAUAGUCUUUGGAAGGUAUUGUAUCGCAGCCCCACUUAACUAGAAUGUUACUGAGAGUAUUCUGUUCUUUGUGCUGUUUUAGAUAACACAUUUUUAAACUGUAUGUAGAUGAUUAUCUACCAAGUGACAUUCUUUCAUUUACCACUUGCAUACUUGUGGAAUGUACUUAAUGAAAUUAAAAAUGACCUUGAAUAUGGACAAAAA